AUGGCAUUUGGAAGAAGAAGGACUAUAGAUGAUUAUUUCAUGUACGAAUUUCCCCCCGACGACCAUCUCUUUCAGCGCAACGCCUAUGCUCAGAGAGCCGCAGCAUCCAGUUCGUUGUCGGCUCCCAACUCAUCCUCAGGCAGAAUCGUGCCAAUAUUUCCGAACGAAAUUGUUGAGUUAUGUAAACAGGAUAAAGCUGUCGACUUUGAGGCUUCGGUUUUCAAAAUGACCUUGCAGGACAAGAUAAAUGAAAGUCAAGGACCAGAGGUCGGUCAAUCGAAUGAAGUCGCCGCGUCCAAGUUACCAGAUUGGGAGAGAAAAUCUUUAGAAGAGGAGACGAUGAGAAGAUAUGUUCUCAAGGAAAAAAUGGCACUUGAAAGGGAGAUUACUGAGUUGAGGAAGAGAAACGAAGAGCUUGAGAAUCAAGUUAGUAUAAUGGACGACGAGAAAUUGGAAAAGAGAUUGAGAUGGGUGGCCCGAGAAGAAGAAACAGUUGAUCAAGACACAAAGAAAUCGAUUCAGAGGAUUCUUAAGGCGAGUCUAAAGAUGCGAGAGCUGAGAGAGAAGGGUGCUUUACAAGAAGCAGAAUCAGCAUAUUUGUUGAGAAGAGAAGAGGAGAUGCGCAAAAGAGAGAGGGAGAUGCGCGAAAGAGAAGAGCAGUUUUUCCAAGAAGAAAAGCAUGCCCUCGAAAAAGAAGAGCAGAUGUUUCGAAGAGAAGAGCAGGUCCUCGAAAAAGAAGAGCAGAUGUUCCGAAGAGAAGAGCAGGUCCUCGAAAAAGAGGGAGAGAUGGUACGAGCUCAAAGACAAUUGCACAAAAAGGCGACCAGUUUGGCCGCGAGAGAACAAUUUAUAAAUCGUUUCUCUAGCGAGAAUAGAAGCCAAGCAGAAGGAGAAGGAUCCGGAACAAGAUACAGAUUGUGA